AGCACUGUAGUAAGCGGCCAUGGCGGGCACGGCGGCUUUCCUGUACUGGGUGGGCGCGGGCACCGUGGGCUGGCUGUGCCUGCGCGCCGGCCUCGCCCUCCUCUCCGCCCUGCGGGUCUGGGCGCUGGGCAACCCGGCGGGGGUCGGACGGCAGCUCGGGCAGUGGGCAGUGGUCACCGGUGGUACUGAUGGAAUUGGAAAGGCAUACGCAGAAGAGUUAGCAAAACGUGGACUGAAGAUUGUCCUUAUUAGCAGAUCUCAGGAAAAACUGAACCAGGUUGCCCAAGAAAUAAAAGAAAACUUCAAAGUGGAAACCAAGACUAUUGCCGCUGACUUUGGCUCAGAAGAUAUCUAUAACGGGAUUAAAGCAGGACUGGAAGGCCUUGAGAUUGGCAUUUUAGUGAACAAUGUUGGAGUUUCAUAUGAAUAUCCUGAAUACUUCCUUGAUAUUCCAGACUUGGAUAAUAUGAUCGAUAAAUUAGUAAGUGUCAACAUCCUUUCUGUUUGCAAGAUGACACGAUUGGUGCUGCCCGGCAUGCUGGCAAGAUCUAAAGGUGUAAUUCUGAACAUCUCUUCUGCUAGCGGCAUGAGCCCGGUGCCAUUACUGGCUAUAUAUUCAGCUACGAAGGCUUUUGUAGAUUUCUUCUCUCAAUGCCUCCAUGAAGAGUACAAGAGCAAGGGCAUCAUUGUACAGAGUGUCCUACCAUUCUAUGUGGCCACCAAAUUGGCUAAAAUUCGAAAGCCAACUUUAGACAAACCUUCUCCGGAGACAUACGUAAAAUCCGCUAUUAACACGGUUGGCCUGCAGUCCCGGACUUCUGGAUACUUGAUCCAUGCCAUUAUGGCUUGGAUAAUCACAACUCUUCUCCCUGCUAGUAUCGCUCUAAAACUCACCAUGAAUUUCAACAAGAAGUUGCGGGCUCGCUUCCUGAAGAAACUCAAGAAGAACUAAGCCUUGAAAUUGCAAAAUGAAACCUGACCAGAUGCACCAACACACCUAGGCUAUCUGCAAGGCUUUAAGCCCCUUUACAAAUGAUUUUUCUACUCCUUUAGCUGUUGUUUCUUUAACUUGACUAGAGGACGAAGUAGUGAUUGAGAGGAAAACAUUGACUUCUUUUGAAGGAUCGUGGUCUGGUUACUAGUUGCUAUUUGGACUUAGUCACAAGCUGUAAUGUCUUGGGAAUCCUUGUUAACAAGCAAAGUCUUAGCAGUAAGGGAAAGUAGCAUAUAGCCAUGCUAAAGUUAGAGAACUGUGAGGGACCUCAAAACAGCAGUAUCGGGCAGAAAAACAGAUAACUAAUAAUGAAAAGUUACUGGGAAACUUCUCUGAAACAGGCUCACCAUGUAAUGGCUAGCUGCUACUUUGAGCCCUCUAUAUAUACUUUGAGGGGAUGGAAUGGGCAAUUUUUCGGGGCAACUUUCAGGGGUGAGUGGACCUAUCUUUAUUAUUAGGGCUUUUCAAAAUGAAACCCCAAAUUUGCAUGUUGCUAUGGAAUUCAAGCCUGCUAUAGACUGGGGAAUACUUUGAGGUAAUGUUUUUGAAAUGAGGAAGCCCACUACGUACACUUUCCUCAAAAGAUUCUUAUUCUUUUUUCAAUAUACAAGUAAAUGUCUAGUUAAGCAUUAAACACUGUGGUCUUGGCUAAAGUUGAAAGGGCUAAGCCACUUAAGAUAGUUCCUAUGUGUCUGUGUUUUCGAUCCUUGGUUUAACAGCAAACAGAAACACUAGAUUCAUGGUAUUUAAUAUGAAAUCACACAUUAAUAAAUGUUGCUAACAUUUCAAAACUGAA